AUUAUGUGGCAGGGAGGAUUGCGUGAUUAGCUUUGUGCGAGGCAACGUUGGCGCUCCUAUGGACGGAAUUCUAGGCCGCUGUUGUUGUGCUUCGUACGAUGGGAGGCUGUUGUGCUGGGUUGUAUGAGAGGUGGUUGUUGUCGUUAUGGGUGCUCGGAAGUGGUGCAGAAGAGACAUCUAUCGUGGUGGUCACCAUCCAAACCCUUCAGAUUAAACAAUCGUCAUGUGCAUCCACAACUGUCAACUUUGUCAUGUUCACGUAUCUCGCUGCUUUGCCUUGCCAACAAAGGUCCGACAGUAGUACAGCGUCAGCAGGCGCACGCCCACAUUCAGGACCCUCGUCCCCUCGUGGCAUCGGGACCAAAUCCUUCAGCCCCAGCUACUGCUGUGUAAUGUGUGCAACCCAGUCCUUGACACGACCACGCCGCAAACCAGCAGUAGUAGGACAGCGAGCGUAUGCACACCAUCCUGCUAGUUUCCGCCGUCAGAUCAUGGGCUGGCGGCGCCGUUGAUGUCUAUCACGCCAGCCAGCGCCUUUUGCUCCCCUGGCUAGCUUUCAAGCCAGCUGCCCCAGUGCCCUUUGUAACGGCGCGCCCAGAAAAGAAACAAGGGCCAGCGCUCGGGGCAUCAAAGUAGUCUCAUCGGACAACGGUCUGAUGUGCCGCUAGACGGCGAUCUUGCAGAUGCGGUCUUGCGAGAUGUUAGCGUAUCCUGAGGUUU